GGCUGCACAAGCCCUGCGAGCUGGGCGCACGGGAGCCCUCCUUUAUCUGGCUCCGCGGGGCGAGCUCCUCUCCUGUGCUCCGACCGGGAGUCACGCUUUGGGCCCCGCCAUGUUGCACAGGCUGGGCUGGCUGCUGUUCUACAGCUUCGUGGCGCUGCUGCUCAGCUGUCUGCUCUUUCUGAAGAAGGAGGCCCCACUGGCAGGGGGCCUUCAGGCCCACCAACCCUUCUGGGCACCCUCUGGGGCCCACCACAGCCAGUGUCUACCCAAUCACACAAUGGCUAACACCUCCCUAUCCCUGCCUGGUCGUCACCGCCUCUUCUUGACUUAUCGUCACUGCCGAAAUUUCUCCAUCCUGCUGGAGCCUUCAAGCUGUGUCAAGGAUACCUUCCUGCUCCUGGCCAUCAAAUCACAGCCUGGUCAUGUGGAGCAGCGUGCAGCCAUCCGCAGCACUUGGGGCCGGGCAGGGAGCUGGGCUAGGGGCCGGCAGCUGAAGCUGCUGUUCCUACUCGGAGUGGCAGGACCCACGCCCCCCACUCAGCUGCUGGCCUAUGAGAGUGGGGAGUUUGAUGAUAUCCUACAGUGGGACUUCGCUGAGGAUUUCUUCAACCUGACCCUUAAGGAGCUGCACUUACAGCGCUGGGUGGCGACUGCUUGUCCUCAUGCCCACUUCAUGCUGAAGGGAGAUGAUGAUGUCUUUGUCCAUGUCCCCAAUGUGUUGGAGUUCCUAGAUGGCUGGGACCCAGCCCAGGACCUCCUGGUGGGAGAUGUCAUCCACCAUGCCUUGCCCAACAGAAACACCAGAGUCAAAUACUUCAUCCCACCCUCCAUGUACAAGGCCCGCCACUACCCACCCUAUGCUGGGGGUGGAGGCUAUGUCAUGUCCAGAGCCACAAUGAGGCACCUCCAAGCAGCCAUGGAGGGGGCUGAGCUCUUUCCCAUCGAUGAUGUCUUUGUGGGCAUGUGCCUGAGGAAGCUGGGGUUACACCCCACACACCAUGCUGGCUUUAAAACAUUUGGAAUACGGCAACCCCUGGACCCCUGCCUGUAUAGAGGGCUCCUGUUGGUACACCGCCUCAGUCCUCUGGAAAUGUGGACCAUGUGGGCGCUGGUGACAGACGAGGGGCUCAAGUGUGCAGCUACCCCCAAGCUUCAGCUCUGA